CCAAAAGACUUCGAGUCUUGUACCCUUUACCAGAUUUCGUAAAAAUGGUCACCGAGACCUCAAGCGGUCAAGAGCGUCUGCAACAACUUAAGGCCUUCGACGAAUCAAAAGCUGGUGUCAAAGGGAUCGUCGAUACCGGAAUCACCAAAGUCCCACCAAUUUUCGUCCGUCCAAAUAAAGAUCCCUCUGUCAUCGGCGACCAUAAGGUUUCAGGCGGUUUCAGUAUCCCAGUGGUGGAUCUCUCUGAAAAUAACAGCAGGAGAGCUGAGGUGAUCGACCAAGUUCGGAGGGCCGCAGAGACUUAUGGGUUCUUCCAGGUUGUGAACCAUGGAGUGCCCCAGAGAGUGAUGGAGGAAAUCAUGGAGGCGACUCGUGCGUUUCACGAGCUGCCUAAGGAGGUGAAGGCCGAGUACUAUGGUAGGGAUAUGGUGAGGAAGGUCAAGUACUACUCUAGUGCUAACAUGUAUGAGUUGAUGUAUGCUAAUUGGAGAGACACUAUGCAGUUAAACACGACUGUUGAGGACUUUGAUCCUCAAGAAAUACCUCCCAUUCUCAGAGAUAUAACUAUGGAGUACUCAGAGCAUGCUCAGAAAUUAGGCGUCACUUUGUUUGAAUUGCUAUCUGAAGCGCUUGGGCUCAAACCGGAUCAUCUCAUAAACUUGGAUUGUGCAAAGGGGCAUAUGAUUCUUAAUCACUACUAUCCCCCAUGCCCCGAGCCUGAUCUGACUAUGGGCACUAAUCAACACUCGGAUUUUGAUUUUUUGACCAUCCUCCUACAAGACCAAAUUGGUGGACUCCAAGUUCUGCAUCAAAACAAGUGGAUUAAUGUUACUCCUGUGCUUGGAGCGCUGAUCAUCAACAUUGGAGAUCUCUUGCAGCUAAUCUCAAAUGGCAAGUUCAAUAGUGUCAAGCACAGAGUGGUUUCCAAAAAGGAAGGUCCAAGAAUUUCUGUGGCAUAUUUUUUUGUGCAUCUUUCUCGUGAAAAUACUCCGAGAGUGUAUGAGCCAAUCAAGGAGUUGACAUCAGAAGGAAAUCCCCCAAUUUACAGGGGAACGACUGCGAAAGAUUAUGUUACCGGCGUCUAUAAGAAAGGGAACAUAAAUGGGAUAGGCUCUGGACUAGAGUAUUUAAAGCUGUGAAGUUUAGUCAUGAAAAUGUAUGGUCUAUUGGUUGAUGCAAUAAUGGAUCAGUCUCAUGCAUGUUUAUCACUGGUCCUCCAAUUCCUCUAGAUGGAAAUUAAAUUUCGGAUACUCUAAUUUACCUAUGGAUUUCAAUGCCAGGAAGUCUCAAGUUC